UCCCUGCCUCGCCGCUGCCGCUCGCAGUCGCCGGGCUCUGCCUCGCCCGCCUUCUCUCCCCACCCUCCCUAUCCCUGUCGCCAGCCAUGGCCGACAUGAAGACCGGCAUCUUCGCCAAAAACGUCCAGAAACGCCUCAACCGCGCCCAGGAGAAGGUACUUCAAAAACUAGGAAAAGCAGAUGAAACUAAAGAUGAACAGUUUGAAGAAUAUGUUCAAAAUUUCAAACGGCAAGAGGCCGAGGGUUCCAGACUCCAGAGAGAACUGAGAGGAUAUUUAGCAGCCAUUAAAGGGAUGCAAGAUGCCUCAAAGAAACUUACGGAGUCUCUUCAUGAGGUGUAUGAGCCAGACUGGUAUGGACGUGAAGAUGUGAAAAUGAUUGGAGAGAAAUGUGAUGAACUUUGGGAAGACUUCCAUCAAAAACUGGUGGAUGGGUCAUUGUUAACGUUGGAUACAUAUCUAGGACAAUUUCCUGAUAUCAAAACUCGUAUUGCAAAACGAAGCAGAAAGCUAGUGGACUAUGACAGUGCAAGGCAUCACCUAGAAGCCCUGCAGAGCUCAAAAAGAAAAGAUGAAGGCAGAAUUACCAAGGCAGAAGAAGAAUUUCAAAAAGCACAGAAAGUGUUUGAAGAGUUUAAUACUGACUUGCAAGAAGAGUUGCCUUCCCUAUGGUCACGACGAAUUGGCUUCUAUGUGAACACCUUCAAAAAUGUAUCCAGCCUUGAAGCCAAGUUUCACAAGGAAAUAGCUUUACUAUGUCACAAACUAUAUGAAGUGAUGACGAAGCUGGGGGAUCAGCAUGCAGACAAGGCCUUCACCAUUCAAGGGGCACCAAGUGACUCGGGUCCGCUCCGCUUUGCAAAAACACCAUCACCACCAGAAGAGGCCUCUCCCCUGCCUAGCCCUACUGCUAGUCCCAAUCAUAUGCUGGCACCAGCAUCUCCGGCACCAGCCCGACCUAAGUCACCCACACAGCUGAGGAAAGGUCCGCCAGUCCCACCACUGCCUAAGCUCACACCCACAAAGGAGUUGCAACAGGAGAACAUCAUUAAUUUAUUUGACGACAACUUUGUCCCAGAAAUCAAUGUGACAACCCCAUCACAGAAUGAAGUGUCGGAAGCUAAGAAAGAGGAAUCUUUACUGGAUUUGGACUUCGAUCCUUUCAAGCCAGAAGCUGUAUCAACAGGAGUUAGUCAUUCACCCCUGUCUCAGACAUUACCAUGGGAUCUAUGGACGACAAGCAGCGAAUUGGUGCAGCCGGCAUCCACCACAGCAUUUAAUGGAUUUACACAGGAUAUCUCUGCAUUUACAGUGCAAUCAAAUGAGAAUGUGACAGAGCCUUUGACUGAGGCUGAAGAAGCUCCACCUGGGGAACCUAAGGUUGAGGAAACCCCUGCUGCUGCUGCUGCCAUUGUGGAAAAGGAGGCCACCCCUGCUGAGCCAGCAGAGCAGCCUGUGGAAAGUGUCGAGGCAGGGGAUAAGAAGACAACUGGAGUUGCUGAGAAGGAAAGCGAGGUGGUUCCUGCUGGUGCGGCAUCAGAAGACAGUACGGCUGUGGCAGCAGGAGCUGCUGCUACUAAGCAGGAGGAUGUUGCUGAAAGUGACAAACCUCAGGGAGAAGAAAAAGAGGCUGAUGCGUCUCAGGAAAAGGUCAGCAGCAUCCCUUCAGUAAUAACAGAGCCAGCAUCAAACAAUGAGGAGGAGGRAGAAGAAAUCAUCGUGAAUGAGUCCAAAGAUGCUGCAGCAGAGAUGGGCGCUCAGGUCAUUGACACUUCCCCCAGUGAAACUUCCCAAGUUGGAAAUGAUCAGAAACCUGCUGAAGAAAUCCAGGCUAUGCUUUCUCAGGAUCAGCCUGUUCCAGCAGAAGAUGCAGCUUCAGCAAUGCCACCUGGUUUUCUCUAUAAGGUUGAAGUUCUACAUGAUUUUGAGGCAGCUAACAGUGAUGAGCUUAAUUUAAAACGAGGAGAUAUUGUACUAGUGAUUCCCUCUGAGACCACAGCUGAUCAGGAGGCUGGCUGGUUGACUGGCAUUAAGGAAUCCGAAUGGCUUCAGUACAGAGAUGCAAAUAGUUAUAAAGGACUUUUCCCAGAGAACUUCACACGUCAUCUGGAGUAGUUCUCCCCAGCAGAUAAAUGUAGUAUGAAGCUCAGACAAUAGGUUUUUAACCACUUUGAAACACAGGAGUCCAUCUUUUUGUAGUUUAAGCUGUUAAUGGUUUACAUACUGGUGCCAGACAAAGGUUGUUGAAAUAUAUCAAAAUGAGCAUGAAUGCAAACAGUUAAGCAGUAAUUUCUGAAGCUGUACAUGGGGAAAAAAUUGGAUAAAAAUGGAAUGUCCAUAUUUGUUCAUGAGUAUGUGGCAACAGGUUUGUUUGUGCUUCGUCAGAGCUGUGGUGAUCCUGUAUUUGAUCCUUUCCCAUGAAAUCUGAAAUUAGCUUCCUCAAUACCAAAACCUUAACUUUUCUGCACUAAGUGUAUUGUAUUCAGUUGCACUGCAGAAGAUUUAAUUAAUUAUCCUGUAGUUAUGAGGUCAAACUAUUCUAAGUUUCUUGUGUUUAAAAGAUAAUUAACUACUGCAAAGUUUUUCAAUAUUAUUUCUGGACAUGCAUAAUAUAUAUACACAAGAACUUACAUGUGUAUAUAUAAGUGCAUAUGGCUAUAUAUGCAUUUUCACAACUUCACUGUAGUUCUUUGGCUGUGUAGUAACAUCCAGUACAUGCAUUGCUCUUUCACUGUCUGAAAUUACAGGAAAUGGUUUUGUUCCAGAGCAAAACUAGCUGCUCCAUUGUCAUAACCUGAUACAGUAUCUGUGUUUGUAAUGUGAAAUUUUCAUUCUUAGGUGAUGAAUCACAUCAUUUUCAAAAGGCAUGGCUGUCUCCUCUUCCAACUGCAGUAGUUACAAUGAGAUAACCUGGAGGGGGAGCUGUUAUGAUGCUAAUCUACUUUUUUAUUUAAUUGGCUGAAUACAUUUUGAAAAAUAAACAGAACUAAUCUGAGAAUAAAUAAACACAAUAUAUUUUCACUAUAUGUAUUUAUGCAGCAUACCUUCACAGAACCUUUUAAAGUAAGAUGUAUAAUGUAACCGAUAUCAAAAAGUCAUCUGUAACUUACGUUUUUCAGUGGUGUGUCAUUAAAAAUAAACCUUUGGUCCAAAUAAGCUGUUUCUUCUGUCAUACUUUU